CACCUCUAGUGUUUAGUUCUGCUUCAAUUAUUUGAUAAACUUUGAAAUAAAAUAGAAAAAAUGAAUAUCUUGGACUUACCGGACACGGUGUUAAUGGACAUAUUAGAGCUGCUCACCUACGACGAGGUUGCCCGAAAAAGAGAAAUUUGCGCCCGUUUCAAUUACAUUUGCCAACAGGUGUUGAACACAGGUUUCAACAAGGUUGUACAGGAGCAUGCCAAGAAUUUCAAACGCAUUAAAUCACUGCUGCCACGUCGCGAAUCUGAACGUCGCAAUCACAUGCUGGCGCGUCAUUCCGACAUCCUGACCUCAAUCGAGACGCGCAUCUCAAUGCUGACAAUGACGUACUCCAAGUUUAUAGAUCUGAACAUAUGCUGCUUUAUACCCGGUCGCGUACUCGACGAAAUAAAUAGCAUAUUGAAACUUUUGGCCAGCACAACGAAACCCCUGCGUCCCCAUGAAGUGCUCCAAGAGCUGCGCGACAUCUCAUCGAUGGCUAUUGAGCAUUUCGAUGAGAAGAUUGCCGUUAACUUUAAAACUGCUAUGAAACUCAAUGAAUCUUCCGCCACGGGCAGCGCACGCGUCGUUGUCUGUGGUUCCCUGGGCGACAUUAGCUUCAAUGGCGUGAAAGUGAGCCCAAUGAAGAAGACACCGGUGCUACAACAGCAGUCGCCAUGCCAAAAUUUAAUUUGUAUGAGCCCCAAAACCGAUGUCAUGAUGCAGCAGGCACUUUUGUUCGCCAAAUCAUUGCCCACUAGCGGCGGAGAAGCCGAUCUCAAUCAGUGCAAUUGCCACCGCGAUCGACUAUCGAAACAGCUGCAGAAGCAGUAUCAAGCACAACGAUUGCUCACGUCGAGGAUACGUUUCCUCGAGGGAUCGCGCAAAGUGCACGAACGACGAAUGCAAGAGGCCCUCGGUAGCAUCACGGAACUUGCCACCCAAGUGUCCGAGCUGAAGCGACAACUUGAGGAUGUACUGGCAAAGGCAUCGCCAAGUGGUGCUACCAAACGCUCGGCAGUUGCUCCGGAUUGUCUGCCGCCUAGCAAGAAACCAAAAGCUUAGUGUUGCCUCAUGUAAGCAAAGCAUAGAAUACAAAAAUGUAAUUAGCCUUGAGUAUUAAAAGGAAAGUAGUGUACUUAGUAA